CCGUAGAAAAUAACUGCGUCACAUUGUCCAUUUUGAACUCAGUCAAAAGCGAGUCCUUGUGCUCAGCUAAAAUGGUUAGCGUGGCAAUCACGGUGCCCGGAAACGAUUCACCCUUCUUUGGGACGUCUUUUUUCGACUUGUUGGACAUCCUCUCGUCAUGGCGAGGUGCUGCCGAAUAUAGUUGAAUAUAAGAGGUGGAAACGUCACUGAAGCAUCGACUGGUUUGUGUCCUCAGCAUGUGAAUCGUUGGUGUCAGUGAAACCUACUCAGUUUGCGUUUUGGAGAACCAGAAAUUCAACAUGGCAAUGAAUCUGUUCCCAGUGCUGCUGGUUAUUUGUCUUCCAAAAUGGAGCCAAGGUAAACACUUGCUUCGUUUUCUGACCUUCUGUCAAAGGAAUGUGACAAGUGACGGCCAGUAUGAUAUUGAAUUUGACGGUGAUCAGCUCCUCUACGUUGACCCGGUCACCUAUCAGACAGUUCAGCGUCUGCCAGAGUUUGCAGAGCAGUGGAUUCCAGAUCCUGAACUAGCCCAAGACGCAUUCUUGUCCCUGGGUACCUGCAAGUACAACAUCCCACGAGCCAUAAAGGGAGAAAAUCAUCCUCCAGAGGCCAUAGUCAGUCCCACCUCCAUAAUCUACCCCAAGCAGGAGAUGGAACUGGAGGUCCCCAACACCCUCAUCUGUUUUGUCACCAACUUUCAUCCACCUACAGUCACCAUCACCUGGACCAGGAAUGGCCAGCUGGUGGACCAGAGUGAGGUCAGUCAGACUCAGUACUACUCCAACAGCGACUUCAGCUUCUGCAUCUUCUCCUACCUGGACUUCACUCCGCAGGAGAACGACAUCUACUCCUGCAGCGUGGACCACAUCAGCCUGCGGGCGCCUCUCACCAAGUUCCUGGAUGUUACCACAGUAACCACAGACCAGCAGGUUGUAGAGACAGCAGUGUGUGUUGCUGGUGUGAUCUUGGGGCUGAUUGGAGUUGUCACAGGACUCUGGUUCAUCAUGAAAGCCAACAAGUCCUGCCAGGCGUAACACGCAUUAAGACAACUGACACCUGAAUUUCGAUGUCAGAUGUGUGAUCACGUUAUCUUUUUCCCCAUGUGUUUUUCCUCUGGUUGCAAGGUGGAGUGAAAUGUAUUUUUAUCAUAGCUUUAUUUUAUUUUUACACCCGUAAUGUUUUAUGUUGUCUGUAUCUGUAUGCUUUUCUUUCACAUGCACAACAACACUGAAUGUAAACCUGAGCUAAAAGCACAUCAGUUAAAGCUAUAGUUUGACACUUUGGCAAAUACGCUUUUUCGCUUUAUGGCAGAGAUUCAGAUGAGAAGAACAAUAACACUCUCCUGUCUGUAUUCUAAAUAUAAAGCUACAGUCAUGAGAUCGUUAGCUUAGCUUAGCUCAAAGACUGGAAACAGGGGGAAACGACUAGCCUGGCUCUGUCCAACAGCAACAAUCCACCUACCAGCUACAGCUACCUCUAUAGCUCACUAAUUAGAAAGAAAUAUUCCAGCUCAUAACCCCCCAUAAAACGGAAUAUUGUAGUUUUUUACGCUUUAGCUUUUAUUUGAAUUAAACAAAACAAAUAUAACAAGUUCAUUUUUUAGCUUAGAGGUGCCAGUGAAUUAUCAGAACAUUUUUAACUAUGCCUUUAAGAAUUCAAAGGAUCAUUAUUUUAGGCUCCCGUUUCUAUUUCUAAAUUUGCUAGAAAAAAUGUAUGCAGUGGACUUUAUGCUUUAAAAGAGUUAAAAUUAUCGACUUAGCACAGAUAGUCUAACACGAUUGUCUUUCGCUUUACAGAA